UCACAACACGUAUCUUUUCUUUUUAGUGUAGUUAGUUUAGUUUCGUAAUCUCGUAAUUUUUCUCUUUCUUUCUUACUCAAUCUAACCAUAAAAUCGAAGUUUUUUUGUUCUUCAUCCAAAAGGAACAAAUAUCAGGAACAUGGAGCUGCAAGUGGUCUUCACUCCAGUGCUAGUUAUAUUAGGAUUAAUUUUUCAGGUUCAUUGUCAGAGAGACAAGUCUUUUCAAUGUUCUGUUUGUCAAAUUGCAGUAGAUGAAAUAGAAUGGGAGAUAUCAAAAGUUGACCCCAAGAAGGUCAUUGAGGUUGAAAGCUUCAGAGUAGAUCCAACUGGUAAACAGAGUUACUCCCGAAAGAUUCCAUAUGCAAGAUCUGAAACCCAUCUGACUGAACUGCUCGAAAAUAUAUGUGACAACAUGAAGCAAUAUGCUGAAUCAACAGAGCCUGAUACAGGCAAGAAGACCUAUGUCAGGACCUCGUCACAUGAUGGAUCACCYGUCAACCUGUCAAAUAUUUCCAUGAGUGGAGAGAUUGCUGAGAAAUUAAAGCACACCUGUGAAGAUAUCCUGGGAGAGCAUGAUGAAGAAGUUAUUGAAGUAUUGAAGCAUGAACAUGAUAACCAAAAAGCUGCUCUCUGCAGUCAAAUAUUACACUUGUGCCCCACUGGUGACGAAGCCCAAGAAGAUGGCAACAGCAAAGAAGAAUUAUGAUAAAAUUAUCUCAUCUAUAUGACAGUACAAAACCAGUAUCAAUUUAUAAUAUAAAGAAGAAGAAAAAUCAAACUCAAUUUCCACUUCACUCUUCAAGUAACACUUUCGGCCUUUACCGUCUUAAUAAAGAUGAUGAUGAUGAAAAUAAUGUGAGAAUAGAAAGCAAAAUAUUUCAGUUUGUCUUAAGCUUGCAAUGUUCACGCGUUGGAAGUUUUCCCAAGCUAAAGGCUUGUUUAAACUAGCAAUUUUAUCGCGUGAAUCGAAAAAUCUUGCGAUCGGAGUUGACCACCUGUGACAGAAGUAAAAAAGUUAUAAACAGGAAGAGAGAGAAAACAUUUUUUCCGAUGACUAUUGAGAAGAGGUACUGCCUCUUCGCUGCAAAAUGUACCCUGGGUCCCAGAGGGAUUUUUUUCGCGGAUUUACUGACUCCGCUCUCAGUUAAUAAAUCCGCGAAAAAAUCCCUCUGGAAACUAGGUUAUGCAAAAUGCCAAUUUUGUAAUAAAAUCGCCGGCUGUUUACACUCGCGAUCGAGAUUACAAUAAAAUCGCUAUCGUCUUUGCAA